AACUUCUUAAUAGGCUCUCCUCAACCUAACAAUUUUCAAGCACUCCUCAAAAUAAAGAGUUACAGUCUUUCCUUUAACUUUAAGGAUUCUGGAACAUAUCUUCUCAAUCGUAAGGAUUUAGGAACGGCUCUCCUCAACCGUAUAUAAAAGAUGCUUUGCGUAGUCCCCUAUGUCAAGUAGCAUUGCCCGCCGUAGUAUUUUGGCUUGCUGGAGGUUGAACCGUAUACGUAGUACGGAGUACAUUUCUUCUUCAAGAUCACCAUUUAGAAAGACACACUAGCUGCUUCGAAUAUCCAGCACAAAAAUUAUAACCGGAAAGCGUCUCACCGGAAAAUUCCCAAGAUGUCGUGGCAAACAUAUGUCGACGAUCACUUGAUGUGCGACAUUGAGGGCAACAAACUACAAUCUGCCGCUAUCAUCGGUCACGACGGUUCCGUCUGGGCCCAGAGCGACAAGUUUCCACAGUUCAAACCAGAAGAAAUUACUGCCAUCAUGAAUGAUUUUAAGGAACCUGGCUCUCUUGCUCCAAAUGGAUUGCUCCUAGGUGGCUCAAAAUAUAUGGUGAUUCAAGGUGAGGCACAUGCUGUUAUUCGAGGAAAAAAGGGUCCUGGUGGUAUAUGUAUCAAAAAGACAGGACAGUCCAUACUCAUUGGGAUAUAUGAUGAGCCAAUGACCCCAGGCCAGUGCAACAUGGUUGUUGAAAAGAUUGGCGAUUACUUGCUCGAACAGGGCUUUUAGCUAUUCAGGCAGUGGUAUUUUCACCUAAAGUGUCAAAGCGUAAGGUUUCUUGUUCUGGUGGCACGUAGCGAACUAGUGGUAAAUGCAGUUUAUGCCCCCCUCCGGUUUCAACAGCAUUAUCUUUGUGCCUUUUACCCUUCGACUCAAUGUUUCUGUUUGAGGAUGUGUGAUGAAUGUUAUGAUUUUGUCUCUUUUUGUUGGAUGGUUUUGUCUCUUUUUGUUGGAUGUGUGAUGAACGUUAUGGUUUUGACUCUUUUUUCUCUGGUAUUGGAUGCCUGAUUUGAAGGCUGUGCUUUAAAAUGUGAUAUUGUAUAAUGUAAUUUUCAGUGAUUUGUAACUUAUGAAAACGUUAUGUGAGAUUGCGAGGUAGCUUGGCAAAGAGAAAUCAAAUAUUCCCACAUCCUUGAAAUUUGCCAUUUGAUCUGCACAUAGAAUAAUAAAACAAUAACUUUGUGGUUAAUGUUUGUGACUUUGUGCUGGGAGAGGGUAAAAUAAUGGUAACCACAUUCUUUUUGCAUGUAAAGAAACAA